AUGUUGUCCUCGACGGCAGCUCAGCUGUGCACGGCAUUCGCGGCAGCGUUGUUGCUGAUCAGCACGCCCUCAAAUGCCGCGCCAACCUCACAGUGCAAGUACGCUUCGAGACCUUGCGACGAUAUUAACGCUGCCUACGACUACAUUAUCGUGGGCGGUGGUCCGUCUGGUCUCGUCCUUGCCAACACCCUCUCCACUCAAUGCGGCACUAAUGUCCUGCUGCUCGAAGCUGGGCAGGAUACUUCCGGUGUCGAGAACGUGUAUAUUCCUGGCUUUGCUGGCAAUAACGAGUUCUCCAAGCAGACCUGGAACUACUAUGUCACCCCGCAGAAGGCGCUAGGUGGGCUGGCACCACAUCUUGCUCAAGGCUUCGGUCUUGGUGGCGGCACAAGUGUCAACUACAUGAACUACAACAGAGGAGCCAAGUCCGUCUUCGACCAGUGGGCCAAUGUCUCUGGUAACUCUGGUCUUGCUUGGGAGAACCUCAUUAACGACUUCGAGGCCACGACGCAGCUCAAGCCGAAUGCCAUCGCGCCAAACUGGGAUGAUGGUCAAGUCAUCAGUGCGACUGCUUACGGCAAAGGUCCACUGAACCUCACACGUGCUCUGACGCUUGAUGGGUUCGAUCCGAGCUUCAACAACGCCCUCCGCACUGUACUUGAUCUUCCACAGGUCGACUUCAACGACGGAACAGGCAUUGGUGUAUCAUAUGGUCUUGAGCUUAUCACGCCAGAUGAGCGUCGAAGAUCAUAUGCCUACCCUGCUUUUGGUGUUCCAGCAGCCGGAAGGUCGAACUUGCACAUCCAGCACAGCGCCUAUGUCACCAAGAUCAAUAUGAUCGGGAAGAAAGCAACGUCGGUCACCUUUGCCGAUACAGCCAACGGCAACACUAAGCGUACUGUGACUGCGAAGGAGAUCAUCCUUAGCGCCGGAGCAAUCGCUACACCGAAGCUGCUGAUGCUCUCUGGUAUUGGCCCAGCCGAUCACCUCAAGAGCCUAAACAUCCCGGUCUUGGUCGACCAGCCUGCCAUCGGCUCCAACCUCUACGAUCACAAUUACGCCUCAAUCGAGAUCGAGGUGGCAGACUCUGUGUACACACUGUCCGAGUGGCAGAAUACUACGUACCUGUCCGACAUCACUAAAGAGUGGUACGACACGCAUACCGGACCUCUAGCCAACGCACCUGCGAGCUCGUUUUCCGUCCUCCGUAUUCCCGACUCUGCCAUUCCUGGACCCGAGAACGAAUUCCAUCGCUCUCUACCAGCCGACCGCGGACAACUGCAAAUCCAAUAUGCCAACAUUGCCCUCAUCGCAGACACCGCCGACUCCGCGACAAAGGCCAUGACAAUCUGGGUUGCACUUGUCCAGCCCGAAGCUUCAGGCACCGUACGCUUGAACUCAACGGAUCCCUUCGCCUUCCCACUCAUCGACACCAACUAUUUCGGCUCUGCCGGCGACUUGAAUGCGAUCCUGUAUGGCUUUAAGCGCAUGCGGGAUGUUCUCGCUUCGCCCCUGCUCUCUGACCUCAUUGUUCGCGAGAUCUACCCUGGCAGUCACGUCAUAUCCGAUGAAGAUAUCAAAGCGUCGAUUCCGAGAGGCGCACAGUCCUACCACCAUCCGACGGGAAGCUGCGCCUUGGGUACGGUUCUGGAUUCUGGCUUUAGGGUCAAAGGAGUUCAGGGAUUGAGAGUGGUGGACGCAAGUGUCUUCCCGUAUCCGACCAACGUGCAUCAGCAGGCUCAGGUCUAUGCUGUGGCGCACAUGGCUGCAAGGCAGAUCGCGGCUGCUGAUGGGAGAGGUGGUUCUUAG